UUGUUUUGUCAUUGUAAAUAUUACAUGCCCCAACUGGGAGGCUUUGCUUAUAAUGCAGCAUGCUUUGUCCUUUAUCUCUUGCAGCUUGAGAAUUACAUUGUGGAAAAUAUGAAGUCGGAGAUGGCCCAGAUACAGCAGAACGCAGUUCAGAACCACACGGCCACCAUGCUUGAGAUAGGAACCAGCCUACUAUCACAGACCGCAGAGCAGACCAGAAAACUGACAGAUGUUGAGACCCAGGUACUAAAUCAAACUUCUCGACUUGAAAUACAACUGCUGGAUUCAUUAUCAACAUACAAACUAGAGAAGCAACUUCUUCAACAGACAAAUGAAAUUCUAAAGAUUCAUGAAAAAAACAGUUUAUUAGAACAUAAAAUCUUAGAAAUGGAGGGAAAACACAAGGAAGAGUUGGACACCUUAAAGGAAGAAAGAGAGAACCUUCAAGGUUUGGUUACUCGUCAAACAUAUAUAAUCCAGGAACUGGAGAAGCAACUGAACAGAGCCACCACCAACAACAGCGCUCUUCAGAAGCAGCAACUGGAGCUGAUGGACACAGUCCAUAACCUCGUCAACCUGUGCACUAAAGAAGGUGUUUUGCUAAAGGGAGGAAAAAGAGAGGAAGAGAAACCAUUUAGAGACUGUGCAGAUGUAUAUCACGCUGGUUUUAAUAAAAGUGGAAUCUACACUAUUUAUAUAAAUAAUAUGCCAGAACCCAAAAAGGUAUUUUGCAAUAUGGACAUAAAUGGGGGAGGUUGGACUGUAAUACAACAUCGUGAAGACGGAAGUCUGGAUUUCCAAAGAGGCUGGAAAGAAUAUAAAAUGGGUUUUGGAAAUCCCUCUGGUGAAUAUUGGCUGGGGAAUGAGUUUAUUUUUGCCAUAACCAGUCAGAGGCAGUACACGCUAAGGAUCGAGUUAAUGGACUGGGAAGGGAACCGAGCCUACUCCCAGUACGACAGAUUCCACAUAGGAAAUGAAAAGCAAAACUAUAGGUUAUAUUUAAAGGGUCACACUGGGACAGCAGGAAAACAGAGCAGCUUGAUCUUACAUGGUGCUGAUUUCAGCACUAAAGAUGCAGAUAAUGACAACUGUAUGUGCAAAUGUGCCCUCAUGCUAACCGGAGGCUGGUGGUUUGAUGCUUGUGGCCCCUCCAAUCUCAAUGGAAUGUUCUAUACUGCGGGACAAAAUCACGGGAAAUUGAAUGGGAUAAAGUGGCACUAUUUCAAAGGGCCCAGUUAUUCCUUACGUUCCACAACUAUGAUGAUUCGACCUUUGGACUUUUGAAAGCACAACGUUAGAAGUAAUUAUGAGAGCAACCAAGAAAUCUGGAGAAGCUGCCAGAUGAGAAACUGUUCAAAAACUUCUGAAAUAAACCAUACUGUCUCCCUUCUAGCAACAAGUGGUAGUUAUAUGAUGUCAGCAAGGUUCUCGACUGUGGAUUUGGAGCCUUUUGAGUUUGCAAAAGUCUCUACUUGGGUCACUGCAUGCACAUGGCUCGACUAUAGAGAAUGCCACUCGUUGUCAUGCUUAGAAAGGGAAGAAACUGCUCAGCUUACUGUGCUUCAAGCUACUACUGGAUUGUACUUUUUGGAACUACAACAGCCAGACAAUUUAUGGCUUAUUCAUGUAAAAAGAAAGAAUAAAGAAUUUAAAAAUAUACAUAAAUACAAACGGGCCUGCCAUAACCCUUUGGAGAAGAUGUAUGACACCAAUGAAAUGGUGUUACCUCUAUGCAAACCUACUAACACAAAAGUUUAUGCUGUUGAACAAUUUUGAUAAAAGUUUAAAAAGAACAGCAUUGCCAUCUGAGUUGGUUCAAAGUUAAUGGACUUUGGAAGCCCACGUCCAGUAUCAUACUUCCCAAUCGAUUUCAUUUAACCCCCUUCAAGUGUAGAUUCCAUUUUUGUAAGCCAAAAUACAUUGUAGUGUAUGGCAAAUAAUAGUGUGAAACAGAAAUGUGCUCCAAUGCUGUGUGAUGUUUUUUGAUACAGUUUUCAGAAAAAAUAAGACAUAAUGAAGUAUGCACACAACAGGUAAAAAGUUCCUCUCUAAUGCUACAGUUUUCAUU